AUGCCUACAGUCGCCUACAUAUGGUCUCCAACCUUACAAAAAGCCGCAGACGCGCUGCCUGCGAAUCUCAACCGAUCAUCACUGGUCCAUGGGUUAGCCCAAUCGCUGGACUUGCUCCAGGUGGGCGUCGCAGAGCCGCUGCGAGCGGUGCUCCUCCCGCCCGACCCGAGCUUAGCAACGGCCGAAGAGCUGAAGCGGUAUCAUAGUCCGGCCUAUGUAGGGUCGGAAGGCAGCGACGCCUCUGAUUCCAGCGAUGGACCACCGCCCACAAAGAGGCUCAGAUCAGAAAAGCACGGCUUUGAACAUGAUUGCCCCGCGUUCCCACUCUUACACGAAUACUCGCUCCAAGUCGCAGCGGCCACGCUUACAGCUUGCCGGUUACUUGCUCGCGGCCAAGCCGAUAUCACCAUCAACUGGGACGGCGGGAGGCAUCACGCCCUGCGGAGUCGCGCGAGCGGGUUCUGCUAUGUUGCCGAUAUCGUCCUGGGCAUCAUGCUCCUUACCAGAGAGGGUAAGGCGGGGCCAGAAAUACCCAGAAUAAGACCUCUUCGACCCCGAGUACUAUACCUCGAUUUUGACCUACACUAUGGCGACGGCGUUGCGCUAGCGUUUCAUUCGCCAACAUCACAGCUCAAAGCCAAACCUCCCCAGGUUCUGACACUGUCGGUACAUCAUUCAGCGCCGGCUUUCUUUCCGCCCCCAUCCCCUCUAUCGCUCCUCCCCUCCGCAACGACCACCAGUCCAUUCACCUUGUCUAUCCCUCUGCUCGCAUACCCCUCUCGCGCGACCUACGCUGCCAUCUUUCCCUCGGUCGAGCGCAUCUACCAAGCCUACAAACCAGACUACGUGGUGCUUCAGCUCGGGGCCGACGGGCUUCCUGGCGACCCUAUUGGGCAAUGGGGUAACUGGUCGACCCAUGGCGAGGGGAGCAUGCUGUGGGUAGCGGAGAAAGUAAAAGGCUGGGGCGUGCCGCUGUGCGUGCUCGGAGGUGGCGGCUACAAGAACGCAGAUACGGCUAGAGCCUGGGCAGGAGUCACCGCUGCAAUGGUGGGAAGAGAUAUCGGCGAUGACGUCCCGCAUCAUGAGCAUUUCGCUGAAUACGCCCCAAGCUUUACUCUGGGUGUUGAAGAAGGCAAGGUCAAGGAUGAGAAUACGACAGAAUAUAUCACCGCGAUCAACGAGCGGUUCAAGGCAUUGUCAGAUCGAAUUGCGACAAUUGUCAAUGCAUAA